AAGCAGAUUUCAUCAUGAAAAAUGUGCUAGCUGUAGUUAAAAAUGAGCUUUCGUUGGUCUUGCAAACUGCAGGAUAAAACCCAUGCUUUGGUAUAGAAGUAAACGCAGAUUGAGCUGAUUCACAUUAAAUUUUAUUGUUCGCUUAACAAAUGCAGCUUAUUCGUCAGCCCGACUCAACCGAUCAAAGAGUGUUUUGAUUUGUGAGAUCACAGUACCUGUCAUAUACGUACUAUAACAUUCACCAGUGCAUCAUUAGUAUUGUACUACAGAAUUCGGCUUGCAAAAUGCGGGGAGUAGCUUUCUCGUGUUUUUCAUUGUGCCGUGCUGCAGAUCCUUUGAUGGCACGAUGUUUUCCAAAAUACAGUAUUUAUUUACAGUCCAGUAGCUUUGGAACUUGGUUGAACAGCUCGGAUGGAGUGCAUUCUGGACACCAUGGACGAACGACUUCACGGCAUCUACUGUCGCGACAUCCACCUGGAUGUUUACAGAACCACUUGUCAACCUCCACCGUCAUCGCACAAAAAGACCAGAGCGGGGCUGCGAACUCAUAUUCUUCGGGCUCUUCGGAGAAGAACGGGAAAAAUCUAAAAGGACCAGGCGGAGAAACCGCCUCCGAAGUACUGCGAGAAGUGGAUGAUCGUGCAUUGCCUCAUUUCAAAGAAAUGGAAACAAUCGCUGGCACAAGAAAUAAUCCGUUUCCCGAACCGGGCAGCCUUAUUCCCAAAAACAUUCCACAGAUUGGAGAAGAAACGCUGCCCCACCCGAUUUGGACGGCGCAGCAGCUGGAGGAUGUGCGAAUAGCCCAUAAAAAGCCGAGUGGGGUGGUUGAUUGGAUGGCAUAUCUGUCUGUGCAUAUGUGCAGAUUCGGUUUUGAUCUGCUGUCGGGAUACACAUUCGGAACGUUAAACGAAAAGAACUGGCUGCGCCGGUUAAUUUAUCUGGAGAAUAUUGCUGGUGUUCCUGGCAUGAUGGGAGCAAUGGUGCGACAUUUAAAAUCAUUGCGAACUAUGAAACGGGAUUACGGUUGGAUUCAUACUUUGCUGGAGGAAGCCGAAAACGAAAGAAUGCAUUUGAUGGUUGUCCUGGAAAUGAAGCAACCUGGCCCGCUUUUCCGUUUCGGCGUGACAGCUUCUCAAGGAGUAUACGUUAACAUUUUCUUCUUACUGUAUUUGGUCAGCCCACGUUUUUGCCAUCGAUUUGUCGGAUAUUUGGAAGAAGAGGCUGUUAAAACUUACACUCGCUUGCUGGAGGACAUCGAUGCCGGAAAAAUUCCCGAAUGGAAUAAUAAGCCGGCUACUGGAAUUGCGAAACGUUAUUGGAAGUUACCGGAUAAUGCUACAAUAAGAGACAUGUUUGCUGCAAUCCGAGCGGACGAAGCUCAUCAUCGCUUGGUGAACCACACUCUCAGCAGCAUGCAACAGGAUCAGUACAAUCCUUUCAAAGCUGGGCACUAAUUUAUGCGUUAUGGAUGGAGAUAUUGCACACAUUUUCUGUCAUUCUAUUUGCAUAUUAACUGUUCUUUGUGAAUAUGUGAUGUUCAGAGUUGCACCCGUAAGUUAUUAUGAUGACGUUUGCGAUAAUUAAUUUGUUUUGGUAGUGUUGGUUUGUGUCUCCUGUGCUCUAAAAAUUUUAGUCUACAUAAAGGUUUUGCGAGGAUUUGUUCCACUCCGUUGUAGUUGUGGCGCAAGUGGUUUAUGAAGUUUACAACGCUGUUUCAGUAAAGUGUAAAUCAUGG